GUUCGUUAUUUUUAAAAGAAUUUUGGACGACUGUGAGCUAGGCAGGGGGCGAAGACAGGGGCAAAAACGUUCGAGGUAGAUUUAAGAAAAGAAAAAUCCAACCCAUAAUUACAACAUACGGAGAAAUGACAAAAAAAAAUAAGAUGGUGUUUCGUAACGGCAUUUUAGCGAAACUCAUCGAAGUGGUAAAAGGUUAAUUAUUCCAGAGAACGGCAAAAUAGCAAAAAUCUCUGCUGCGCCGGCCGGCCCAAUCCUCGCCGCCGCCGCGCGCUUUCGCCACCCCAGCCACCGGCCAUGCCGUCCCCAGAAGACGACCCCGCCGCGCCCGUGGUGGAGCUGGAGCUCCCGCUGUGCGCGCCUCCCCCGGGCUCCGCGCCGUUCGACCUGGAGGCGGCGGUGUGCAGCCACGGGCUGUUCAUGAUGGCGCCCAACCGAUGGGACCCGGCGUCGCGCGCGCUGGUGCGCCCCCUCCGCCUCGCCUCCGACCGCGCCGCGUCCGUCGUCGCCCGCGUCUCCCGCCACCCCGCGCGCCCCUCCGACUCCCUCCUCGUCUCCAUCCUCGGCGCCGCCGACUCCCUGACCCCGCUCGACCAGAGCUCCAUCCUCGAGCAGGUGCGGCGGAUGCUGCGGCUGGGGGAAGAGGACGGGAGGGCCGUGGCGGAGUUCCAGUCGAUGCACGCCGUGGCGAGGGAGGCGGGGUUCGGGCGCAUCUUCCGCUCGCCCACGCUGUUCGAGGACAUGGUCAAGUGCAUCCUCCUCUGCAAUUGCCAAUGGACAAGAACCUUGUCAAUGUCUGCUGCUCUGUGUGACCUCCAAUUGGAGCUAAGAUGUUCAUCUAGUACUGAACGUUUUCAGUCAAGGACGCCUCCAAUUAGGGAAUGUAAAAGGAAGCGCAGCAACAAGCGGAAUGUCCGUGUGAAGCUUGAAACAAAAUUUGCUAAGGAUGAAUUGGUGUGCCUUGAGGAUCCAAAUCUAGCAACUGGCACUAGCAAUGACACAACAAAUCAGCAAACAUAUGAGAACUCGUUUAGCCUGCUUUCAGCUACAAGUGAAACAGGCAGCACAGCUGAGGUCUCAUUGGAUCAUUCAGAGCUUAAACUGGGAAAUGGUCUUUGCUUGGAAGAUUGUGGUGGAGAUUUUCCUAUCCCUGAAGAAUUGGCAAACCUUGAUGAGGACUUUCUGGCGAAGCGUUGUAAUCUUGGGUAUCGAGCCAAACGAAUUGUAAUGCUUGCACGAAGCAUUGUAGAAGGAAAGGUAUGCCUAGAAAAUUUUGAAGGAAUAUGCAAAAUGUCUGAACCAGCAUUAGAAGGCCUAUCAGCUACCCCGUCUUCAUAUGAGAGAUUGAAUGAGGAGUUGUCCACAAUCUCUGGAUUUGGUCCUUUCACUCGUGCCAAUGUGCUCAUGUGUAUGGGAUUUUUCCACAUGAUCCCAGCUGACACCGAGACAAUUAGACAUUUAAAGCAGUUUCACAAGAGAAAAAGCACCAUCAGUUCUAUUCAGAAGGAAUUGAAUGAUAUCUACGGCAAGUAUGCCCCAUUUCAAUUCUUGGCAUACUGGUUCGAGCUAUGGGGCUUCUACGACAAGCAGUUCGGUAAAAUCAGUGACAUGGAACCGAUCAACUACGGACUGUUCACCGCAAGCUACUUGAAGAAAGCAAUCGCCAAUAGCUGAAAACUUGCAUUCAAUC